AUGACCAAGACAGGUGGAAGUCAAUGGAACGCCCUGGCCUUGGCGGCUUCCGGUGGAGGAGGGAGGGCGCGUGGCGGAUUUGUCAGGCGGAGGCUGCGUGGCGAUAAGCCGCCGCUCGGACUUUCGGCGUUAAGAACGAUGCUGGAAGUCACUGUCUCUAGCAGGGCCGGCAACAAGAGUAUGAAUAAGAACAGAGUAAAUGGACGUAAUUAUGCGGUGUCUCUGAACGAUGCUUCGAUGAUGCGUUCUUCCAUCCAAACCGCGGGUCAAUUUGGAGGUGAAAGUCUGAUGAGGACCGGGCGGACUGACGGCCGUUUGACGGGUGCGACUCCAAGGGAUUCUUAUCAUUUUCUUAUUCUGCCUGCGGGAGGCCAGUCUACGGCGGAUGGUGAUCUAAUUGAAACCAAUUUACCCUUUUUUGGAGCGCGGCGUCAAUGGGGGAUUAACGCUGAACCUGCGGACGCGCUGCCGGAGAUGAAGGAAUUGGGCCCUUUCUUGGUUGCGUUGAACAUGGGCUGGUUCGCGUGUUGCCGGGGGAAAAGCCACAACAGGCGUCUGGUCAAGACGCCUGUCGCCUGCGCCCAGGCACUCUUCGACACUGAUUUGUCGCUCUCAAAUGGCCACCGUCGGGUGAGACUCGCUCUGGCACAGCGCAAAAGGACAGGUCAACGGGGCACCAAUGGAACGGCGCAGAGCAGCCCGGCUCCCACGGUUGAGGAGCGAAUCAGACGGCACAAUUAA